UUCUUCUUCUUCUUACUAUUAUUAUGAUUGGUUCUUCCUCUUCAGUUUGGUUUGGAUCAUUACCACUUGGAAAUUCGUCAGUUUGGCUUUGAUUGUCUUCAUCGCAUCAAUAAGCACGAGAUUUAUGUCUUCCCCUCUCAGCAUCGCGCCUCAUCUUGAAAUUAGCCAUCAAAUUGGAUGGAAAUGGUCUUUGGUUGGAAAACCCCUGUUUUAACUCACAAUCGAUCAUGAAUAGGCAAAGAAUCCAUUGAACUCGGGUACACGCGUACAUCCUCCACGCUUGGUUGGAUUCUAACAUAUGAAGUUAUGGUUCGAGUUGCACAACUUCGUCCAUUUUAUUGGUGGUACAUUUCCGCGCAUGUGACCAUGGAAUACCGUGGUGUUAGUUGCUGUUAGCGUUGCUACCGAGUAAGUGAGUGAGUCGAUGCAUUACAGUAGUUUUGCGCGCUCGUGACAACAUAAAAUUGUGCUUUAAUUGUCAUUCACGGGUUAUCAGGAGCAUCCUAAAGAUCAUUCUCAUGUGGAUGGUUGGACAGUCGAUAUCUGUAGCUGUUGCCAAUUGUUGUCAUCGCUAUCUAUCAUCAUGAGGAAGAGGUCCAUGUGCCAUUUGGUGGUGUUCAUCACAUUGCAAUUCUUCCUCGCAAUUCCAACGUGGGCCAAGCCUGAGGAUGUGACUGAAAAUGAGAUUCCUCUAGAAGCUGCCCUGGGAUUGGAAAAGAGCAAGUCUGCCUUGUUUGGCAUCCGACGGGCUAUUCAGUUACAUGCACCACAUGUGGUUCAGCCUGUUCAAGGGUGGAUCCCCAAUCAAGGACAGCGUCCCCAAAUCAGACCCGAAAUCUUUCUCCCAGUUCAAAAUCCUCACCUCCAACCUAACUAUGUUCCACAACAACAGCCACGACCUCAAGUGAUCACAAAUCAUCAUAUUCAACCACAUCAGUCCCAAAUUCCUAAUAACAGCCAUGAUCAUCAUCCAAACCAAAAUCAUCAACCUCAGCAACAUCAUAACCAUCAUUAUCAGCAACAGCAUCCAACGCCACAGCCUCAAGUAAUUCAUCGACCUCCAGUUCAGCCCCAAGUGAUCCAUACGGUACCUCCCAAGCCAAGGCCAAUUUAUAAUCCUCAACCCACUCAACAGCCUCAUUCGAUUCAGCAACCUCAAUAUCAUCCCAAGCAUCCUCAGCAUUCUCCCCAAAGACCUACCAGGCCUCGUCCUCAUCGACCUCGAGAGGAGGAUCAACCAGACGGCGAAAGUGAUGAUAGCACCGAUAAUGGCAACGGAUCGUCCGAUCGCCGUCCCGGUGGCCAAAGGGACUACUUUCCACCACCAAAUAUUGUAGGAUUGCUUGAGGACGAAGAGGCUACAACUCUGUUGAGUUUGCUCGAAGCUGCCGGUCUUUUAAGUGCCCUGGAAGGUCGCGGUACUUUCACCAUUUUGGCUCCAACCAACAAAGCCUUUUCCAAGUUGGACCAGGAUGUCAUACGCCAACUUACCAACGAUGCCGACCUUUUGGCUGAUGUUCUGAAAUAUCACGUCAUUCCUGGAGGAAAACUGUUUUCCCGCGUUAUCAAAGACGAUCUCAUGACCAAAACUCUGCUCAACGACACGGCCUUAAGAUUUAAUCGCAAUGAAAAUGGUGUCACCGUCAACGGUGCCGAGAUCAACUUGGACAAAGUUGAUCAGAAGGCUGCCAAUGGGAUCGUCCAUUUUCUCAACGACGUCAUCUAUCCAAUACCUGUUGGAUCGCUAUUUGAAGCCAUGAGUGAGGAUAACCGGUUCAUCACCCUGGUUCGAGCUUUGGAAGUGGCAGAUCUUAUCGAAAGCCUCAACACCACCUCGGGGCCAUUCACUAUCUUUGCUCCGACUGACGAAGCCUUUGACCUUAUUCCUCGAGAAGCACUCAAUGAGCUUCUGGAUGAUCCAUCUGCUCUGAAGAACGUGCUCUUGAAACAUGUGGUACGUGGAACCAAACUUAGUCCGGCCUUGACCUUCGUUGACUUGAUAGCCGAGAGUGGUGACCCCAUCCAAGUCCGGACCAAACGCGGUCGGGUGUCCGUGAAUGAAGCUACCUUGGUGGAUGGAGAUAUCAUUGCUUUGAACGGAGCCAUCCAAGUCAUUGACAGGGUCUUGCUCUGACGUUUUUGUAGACAAACCAUCAUUACGCUAUCUAUCUACAUUGUUAGUCAAAUGUGCAGUAGCAUAACAAGCCAAAAAAUCCCUCAUGUUAAAGAGAGUCUGCAUACUCCAAAUACGAGGUGAACGACAACAGGUUUCCAGGGCAUUAAUUACCAUUCUUUGUGUGCUCUUCAGUGCAUGAUGAUGUCGAACGAACGGUACAUACAUGUCCAAUUGUCUUUCACGCUUAUAAUUGUUACUCUACUGAUCCAACCCCUGAUGUUCAAUGGAGAUGUGUAAAGUGUGAACAGAUUUCAAGGAAAUGAAAGAUUAAGCCGAAUCAAUAAAUACCAAAGUCUGCGUUUAAGUACCAAAAUGACAUCGAAUUGAACUUGGGUACCAAUGUCUCAACUCCUUCAGGACAAGUUAUUUUGGUUUGUGUAUUAACGAAGCUGUCGGUUUAUCACCCUAUUGCUCGUCGA